AUGGAGUCCCUUCCAUCUUUCCAACUGGUCUUAGCAGCUCUAUCCUCCAGUUGUGAAGGUGGAAAAAUCCUGGUCUAUCCAGUGGAUGGGAGCCACUGGCUGCACAUGAAUAUCUUAGUUGAGGUGCUUCAUUCUCGGGGCCAUCAAGUCUCUUUGCUGCGUUCCUCGACCAGCUGGUGCAUUUUGAAGCUCUCACCCCACUACACCUCCAUCACCAUCCCCCAGAAGGAACAUCAAACCAUCGAGAGCCAGGAAUUAAUGGCGUCUUUCUUAGAGAGUUCAAUAGAGAGCAGAAAGAAUGAAGGUUCACUGUGGUCAUUCUUGGGCUUCUAUGGGAAACUUUUCAGCAUGCUGAGGCAGAGCCAUGAGACUGCGACAAAUGUGGUCACCACCAUGUUUGAGAAUAAGACACUGAUGAGGGAACUGAGGGAGACCAGGUAUGAUCUCGUUCUAACUGACCCGGUAUUUCCUGCUGGGGUGCUGGUGGCCCACUAUCUUCAGCUCCCUUUGGUUUUCAAUGUGCGGUGGAUUCAUAGUGGUGAUGGGCACUUUGCCAUUGCCCCCUCACCUCUGUCCUAUAUCCCACAGCUGUUUUCCUGUAACUCUGACCAAAUGGACUUUUUACAGAGACUCAAAAACAUCUUCUAUCACAGCUUGCUUCUGUACAUGUACUACUUUGUAACCAGGCCUCCCUGCCAGGCUGUGUGUGACCAUUACUUUGGCCCUGACAUUGAUGUCAUGUCUCUCAUCCAGGGGGCCGACCUUUGGCUUAUGCGAGUUGACUUCACCUUUGAAUUCUCUCGCCCCACCAUGCCCAACAUGGUCUACGUGUGGGGGUUCCACUGCAAGCCUGCCAUGCCACUCCCUCCAGAUUUAGAGGAGUUCGUUCAGAGCUCUGGUGAACAUGGGGUGGUGGUUAUGUCCCUGGGGGCUCUCCUCGGCAACCUCGGCCCUGAAAGGUCAGAGGUUAUCGCUUCAGCGUUUGCUCGCUAGCCUCAGAAGGUGAUAUGGAGACACCUGGGAGAUAGACCUGCCACUCUGGGUAACAACACACUGCUGGUUAAAUGGCUGCCUCAAAAUGACCUGCUGGGUCACCCUAAAACCAGGGCUUUUGUCUCUCAUGGAGGUACCAAUGGCAUCUACGAGGCCAUCUAUCAUGGAGUCCCGGUGUUGGGUAUCCCACUUAUCUUUGACCAGUAUGACAACAUGGUGCGUUUGAAGGCUCGGGGAGCAGCUGAGGUCGUCAAAGUGACUACGCUGGAAGUUGAAUCACUUACGGCUGUUCUAAGGGAUGUUCUGGAUCCAGAAAAGCACUACAGAGAGAAUAUGCAGAAGAUGUCACGGAUUCACCGUGACAGACCACUGAAACCCAUAGACACAGCCACCUUCUGGGUGGAGUAUGUCAUUAGGCACAAAGGAGCAGCACAUCUGCGCACUGAAUCAUAUAAGUUGUCCUGGUAUGCAUUUCACUCUCUGGAUGUGAUAGCAGCCCUUGUGGUCUUUGCUUUGAUUGUGAUGAAAUUAGUUUGGGUUUUCUGUACAUGCCUGGUGAGAGGUGUGACGAAGAGAAAGUCCAAGUUAGAGUGAAUACAUAACUUGACUGAAUGAAACUGCCUGCAGGAGUUGGAACAAUGAGUAAUAUUCAUUUUAAGUGGUCCUAAUUCAUACUCACAAGUAUUCUAUAACCUAAUAAUUGCAGUACUUUUGUUUUGGUAUCUAAAGGUCAAGUCUUCAAUACAGUUAAUUUCAAGCUUCUUUAAUAUCAUGUUGUGUUGCAUUAUUAUUAAAUGUAUUAUUGGAUAUAUGGAUAAUUUACA